GGUAGAUUUGUAUUUGACUGAAAGAUUUCAUUAGUUUUGCAUUUUGGGAUUUAUAUCAUAUACCAAACAAUAUCAUAUCAGAAGAUGGGGAAAGAUAUCUACUAUAAUAAAGACAAAUUGCCAAGACUUGCAAGUCUUUGAAGUUUAAUUUGGGGCAAUUAAUUCCACACAAUUUAUGGCGACCCACUUAUAAUCAUUCAUCUUGACAGUGGAGACUAUAUAAACCCUCAUGGGGGCAGUUGAUAUAUGUGUCAAUACAAACCAAAAAUCAGCAAUUAAGAUUUUGAUUUACAUUAUGAAUUCUUGUGUUUUUAUAAUUUCCUCACUUCUCUUGCUACUCCUUGUGACUACAACUACCAGCCAAUUGGUAGCAGCAGGAGGAAAUGAUAUUAACAAGUGUUUGGAUAUGGAGAGAGAUGCUCUCCUUCUUUUCAAAGCUCCCCUUCAAGACCCUUAUGAACAUCUCUCCAAAUGGACAGCUGAAGGAGAUGACUGCUGUAACCGGAAAGGAGUCACGUGCAGCAAACAAACAGGUCAUGUCACAGGGCUUGAUAUGCAUUUCUAUGGUCUUGGAGGUGAGAUAAGCCCUUCAUUGCUUAACUUAACCUACUUGACUCAUCUUGAUCUUUCCUUCAAUGCUUUCAAUGGAAUCAUUCCCACUUUCAUUGGUUCUUUGACUCGAUUAAGGUACCUUAACCUUGGCUGGAAUGAUUUUAAUGGGACCAUUCCCAGGUCAAUUGGUUCCUUGACAGAAUUAAUCUUUCUUGACCUUUCUUUUAACUCUCUUUAUGGAACCAUUCCACCAGAGUUUGGAAACCUCACCAACUUGCAAGUUCUUCGACUUGGAAAUGUUGGAAGCUGUAGAGUUGAAAAGGUAGAGUGGUUGUCUCACCUCUCUCAUUUGGAGGAACUUUGGAUGGAUGGGAUUUCCCUAGCAACAGCAAAUCAUUGGGUAGAUGUAAUUUCAAGUCUCCCAAAACUAUUUGAAUUAAGUUUAGAGGGAUGUGAGCUGUCACAGGUCAUGUAUCCAUAUUCUUCUUUUCUCAACUCUUCUUCUUCAUCUAUUGCAUACCUUUCUCUUGGAAAAAACAAUCUCACCUCAUCUAUGUAUCGUUGGUUGUUCACAUUAACCAGCAAUAGCCUUGUCCGUCUUGAUCUCUCUGGCAACAUGUUAGAUGGGAUACCCAAAUAUCUUGGUAACCUCUGUAGUCUGGAAGAUUUGGACUUCUCUUACAACUCUGCUGUUGUCAAAUUUCCUGAUUUUCUCAACAACUUGUCCGGAUGCACAUCCCUUUCAUUACAAGACUUGUAUGCUCCAAAAAGCCAAUUUACAGGGUCACUGUCCGAUGACAUCCAAAAGUUUUCAUCCCUAUAUUUUUUGGACCUGUCUCAUAAUCACUUAAAUGGAAGUAUAAGUGAGAAACUGUGGGAACUACCCAGGCUCCAAACUCUUUACCUUUCUUCUAAUAAUCUUACAGAUCCUUCCACAUAUCACUUGUCAAACAUCUCUUAUGUUGAGUAUCUUUAUCUGAGCUCUUGCAAGCUGCUAGGGCCUCGCUUCCCCAAAUGGAUUCAAACACUCAAAGAUCUUACUGUUCUUGAUCUUUCCAAUACUGGAAUUUCAGACACAAUUCCUCUAGAGUUUUGGGACAGCUGGCCUUCUCAAUUAAUAUAUUUGAAUCUCUCUUCCAACAACAUUAGUGGGAAAGUACCAGAUUUAUUAUCAAAUUUUGCCUAUGAUUCAGUGAUAGAUUUGAGUUCCAACAGCUUUCAUGGUCCGAUACUGAAUCCUUCCACUUUGUCAAUAUUAAAUCUUUCCAGAAACAAAUUCUCUGGAGGAAUCUCCUUCAUAUGCCAAGCUGUUGAUGGGUUCUUAUCAUUUCUUGACCUCUCUCAUAACUCAUUAACCGGACAACUCCCAGACUGUCUGUGGCAUUUCAAUCAACUAGAAGUUCUUAAUCUCGGACACAACAAUCUCUUUGGAAGUCUUCCUCCCUCUAUUGGAUCUUUGAUACAACUCAAGGUCUUGUAUUUAUACAAGAACAACUUCUCCGGAGAAUUGCCUUUGUCCUUAAAAAAUUGCACGAGUUUAAAGUCUUUGAAUUUGGGGGCCAACAACUUUUCUGGUAAUGUGCCUGUCUGGAUUGGGGAAAACUUAUCAGGGCUGUAUGUUCUUAUCCUAAGAUCAAACAACUUCUUUGGAACCAUCCCUUUACAGUUAUGUCGGUUACCUAAUCUUCAAGUUUUGGACUUGUCAAUGAACAAUCUCCAUGGAAGCAUCCCCUCAUGUUUGAGUAAUCUUACGAGCAUGCUUCACCAAGGAGGAUUCUCACAAGAUGUAUCCCUUGAAACAUUUGUAAAAAAUACUUCAUAUGGAUGGGGGAAAUAUGUUGACCAUGCAAUGAUUGAGUGGCAAGGAGAUGAACAUGAAUUCUUUAACACUCUGAAAUUGUUGAAGAGCAUUGACCUGUCCAGCAACAAUCUAACAGGACAAAUCCCAAAUGAAAUUACCAAUCUUUCAGACUUGAUUGCCCUGAAUUUUUCAAUGAAUACUCUAUCUGGAGAGAUUCCACAGCAUAUUGGUGAGAUGAAAAAGCUUCUAACGUUGGAUUUAUCCAGAAACAAUUUAUCAGGGAGGAUACCAUCAAGCAUGUCUCAGAUGAGCUUACUGAAUUACCUAGACCUGUCAUAUAAUAACUUGUCAGGGAAAAUCCCAUCUAGCACUCAACUCCAGUCCUUUCCACCUUCAAGAUACAAUGGAAACAAAGGACUAUGCGGACCUCCCCUUACUAAAAAUUGUCCUGGAGAUGAAGAACCUGAAGUACCACCUCUUAUUGGUAAAGGUGAGGGUGAUGGGGAAGACACAGAUGAUGAAGUCAUGGGAUGGUUUGUUAUUGGUGGUGGAAUGGGUUUUGCUACUGGAUUUUGGAUAGCAUGUGGCGCUUUACUUCUCAACCGUCGUGGGAGACGUGCAUUUUUUCAGUUUUAUGACAGCUUCAAAGAUUGGGUUUAUGUGAAAGUGGUUGUGUUCAUUUCAAGUAUGCAAAAGGCUUGACACACGUAGUUUGUCAACUAGUUUUUAUUUUUGAUUUCUUAUUUUCUAAUAUGUAAUGUAAUGUAAUUUGGUUGGGGUUUUUAAAUCCCCCAUAUCAAUAUAUUUGCCACCAACACCAUGGGUGGCCAUUUUCCC